ACACACACACACACACACACACUCACACACUCAUCUAACUCCUCCCUCUGAUCACAUCAGUGUGCUGUGAGCUGCCCGAUCUUUGCCCUAAUCAUUGCAGUGGAUAUUCUGACUGGACGUGAACCACCAGAGAGUCUACAUUCAUGCAGGAUGCCUUUCGGAGGAGGGAACAAGUGUGGCUGCUGCCAGAAGACUGUCUACUUUGCAGAGGAAGUGCAAUGCGAAGGAAAGAGCUGGCAUAAAUCCUGCUUCCUGUGCAUGGUGUGCAAGAAGAACCUGGACAGCACAACGGUGGCCGUGCACCUGGACGAGAUCUACUGCAAGUCAUGCUACGGCAAGAAGUACGGGCCAAAAGGUUACGGCUUCGGCGGGGGUGCAGGGACCCUCAGCAUGGACACGGGAGAGGGGCUUGGAAUUACGCCUCCAGUAGAAACUCCGCAUCAUCCCACCAACAACCCCAACGCCUCCAAGUUCGCCAAGAAAGCUGGUAGCUCCGAUAUUUGUCCACGCUGUGGCAAAACGGUCUACGCGGCGGAGAAGGUUAUCGGGGGCGGUAAUUCAUGGCAUAAGGGUUGCUUCCGUUGUGCUAAAUGCGGCAAAGGGCUGGAGUCCACAACUGUCGCAGACAGAGACGGCGAGAUCUUCUGUAAAGGUUGCUACGCCAAGAACUUCGGACCCAAGGGUUUUGGUUUUGGUCAGGGUGCAGGAGCUCUGGCUCAUUCCCAGUGAAGUUAAGUUUGUCUACAUCAUCAGCUAAGCUGCUUCUUUCCGUUUAUCACGCAACAUCAUACAUCAUACAGCUACAAUACAAUACAAUACAAUACAUGCUGAUUUAUACAGGGCUUUCACAACAGCGGCAGCUGUAACAAAGCGCUUUACAAAACAGUUAACAUAAAGUAAAAUAAUAAACACAACACAUAACAUGGACAGUCAUGCAGUUCUAACCACUUUUCCAUCACACGCUUUGUUGUUUGAAGCAGUUUGAGAUGAAAGAGGAGAGAAUCAAAGUGUCCUUUGACCAGUAAACUACACUAAAAACAAAGCACAUUUUUUACAGUAACAAAUAUUCCCAAUUAUUGUAAAUGUUUGUGUGAAUAAUGAAGUCAUGUUACUGUUUUGUUUUUAGUUAGACCCUUAUAACGCACAAUUUAACCCUUAAGAGUUUUUUCAUUAAAAUGUUCAGUUUUGAUAUAUCACCAUUUCGAAAGGUUGUCAUUUGAGAAUGGUUAAUGAUAAAGGCAUAGUGUAUUUGUUGCUUGGUGCAGUUUUGCUGAUUAAGGGGUUACGUGGGCUGUUUGCUGCAGAAUGAACAGAAAAAAAAUUACAUGAAAAACACAUUUUGAUGUUAUGAGAGAAAAAAUGUUUUGACAAAAAAAAAAGGGUUCAAGAGAAAAAUUGUGCGUUGAUAAGAAAGGACACACAAUGAGAAAAAUAGCCUUCUCUAAAAAGGCACCAUUUUGAGAGAGCCAUAAUAUUUAAAAGAAACAUAUAUUUUUCACGUGCAAUAUUUUGGGGAAAAUAUGGUUUGUUGUUUCUUUUUUCACAAUAUAGGCCAACAAAAUUGUGUGUGAAACAUGCACUAAAGAUCAUUAUUGUAAGAUUGUAAAGCACUGUAGGUAUGACGAUUAAAACAGACUUUUUUUCUCCGAAGAAGAUUACAACCCUCUCGAUAGUAUGACUUUAUUUUGGUCACAUCAUUGAUAUUCUUUUCUUUCUUUUUUCAAAGUGACCCGAAUACUCCUUUUUUAGAUACGGACCAGUCGCUAUGAACCUGUAGAACCUCUGCUAACAAAUAAGGGGAAAAUGAUGCUUCAAGAUGUUUCAUGAGCCAAUUGUUGUCUAUUUUUGAUUCCUCUAGAUGGCACUGUUGAUGAAAAGAAAUGGGUUUCAGAAAUGCCGAGACGGUUGUACUUUUAGCCAGAUGUUGAAUAGGGAGUGCUAGCUAGAGGUCUAAAUAAACACAACUGCUUCAUGAUGCAUCUUGAAGCUUCAUUUUCUCAUCACUACAGACAAAGCAAAGAAUAAUAAAAAGAGUUUAGAAAAAAUAACCCAUGAUAUCACCAUUUCUUUCAAAGUAACAAACUUCACUGCCAGCAUGUGUAUGAGAAGAAUAAGAGCAAACAUAAAGAGGUCAAUCGCCACAUACAAGCACACUUGAACUUUAUGGAUUUUGACAUUGUUGCCUCUCGAACGCCAGCUUGGUGAGAUGCAAAAUAAAGAUCCAGUACCCUCAUCA